CUCGAGGGUCGUUAAUUAAUGUCGGGUUCGGGAUACAGACGACGUUGAGGCUCACCUUCAGAACAGAAAGUUGAGAUUGAGAAUGUCGUUUGUUUAUCGAGCGAUAUGCAGAUCAGGAGACCGUCUUGUCCCACAGAAGUAUCAGGCAUUUUGGAAUCAUCCUGCAGGACCAAAGCACAUUCAUUUUUGGGCACCUGCCAUGAAAUGGUGCCUCUCUCUUGCUGGGAUAGGUAACACUUUGCUGCCUGAGGAAAGAUUGAGUUUGAAUCAGAGUCUGUCACUUGUGAUCACAGGUGCAAUUUGGGCCCGAUAUUCUGUGGUCAUAACCCCGGUGAACUACAACCUGAUGACAGUGAAUAUUUUCAUGUCUCUUACGAAUGGCAUCAACCUUGUUAGGGCAAUCAGAUAUCGGUACAGAACUGAUCAGGAAAAGUCAGCAAAGGAGAAGAAGGAAUAAAUAUUCCACAUCAACACGCGCAAAUUUGUGAUAAAGAGAAGAACUUGCAUGUAUUUUUUAAAAGACAGGAAACAUAUGAUUAAUACUCGAGUUUUUGGAUGAGAGAAUUAGCAGUAUUCAGGGAAGUUGAUUCAUUAAAUUGACUACAUAGAGCAGAAAUUUUGCAAUUUUAGUUGAAAAUCUAAGAAAUUUUAGAAUCUCAUAAAAGCUAUCACUGAUAGUUAUAGGGAACAAAUCUCAACAGAAUGGUAUGAAAUCAUUAAAAUGUAGGAUAUUAAAUAGUUUUAAGAAAUAGAUUUUCAUUCCUGAAAAUAUGUGAGAGUGUAUGUAUGAACUGCAAAGUGUCACACUGGCAUAUACUUCAUGAAGCAUGUUAGUAAGCCGGCUUAACGCGUUGCAGUUCCUACUUAAAGGCUUAUGUCUUUUCCAAAAUGAGAUUUAGUUCUUAUAUUUACUUUCUACUUUCAUUUCUGUGGAAAUUCCUAGCCUAUAUUUACCAUGAUUCAUAUGCGCAUAGUUCACAGCUACAAGUGCAUUCAUGAAGAAAUGGCUAUCAUAGCAAUUUGUAAAAAUAUGAAAGGCAAAUAUUUUCUUUAAUAUUCUAGUAGAAAUGACAGAACACAUCCUUCCUUUUCUAUAUUUUUUGGGGGGAAAUCAUUAAAAGCCGUCUUGUAAACAACAGCUGUACAGUCUAUUAACACUACACAGAACUUUUUAUUCUUCCCGCAAGGUUUUGAGAUUAGGAAUCACCUAGUUCGGCUGCCUGUAUAUCCCUUGUUAGAGGCUUUAGACACUCAUUAUGAAUUGAUACAAGUAAAUCAUAAUUGCAAAUAAUUUUUAAUUUUGUAUACUGUUACCUUCCAAGAUUUUUUUCUUCUUUUCUCGACCAAAUACCGUAUUUCCUUUUACCAUGUUAUAGUGUGUGCGUUUUGUUACAGUAAUAUUUUAUGGUGGCUAUUUGACUUUGUUUUGAUAUAAAUUUAUGUUAUUGAUAGUUAGGAAUUUUAAAUAUUUAAUCAUAGAAGGUCUGAGGUAAAUGGCUAAUACAAAGUUCCGUGGUGGAUCUAGGAUCUAGAGGGAGAUGGGGAGAGGGGGUGUGUUUCAACACACACACACCCUCUUUCCCCCUUUUUUAUUGAUUAUUUUUAAACAAAAUAGUCAUACUGUUUGGAUAUUUUUUUCACCCCCGCCUUUCUUUUUGGGAGGUGGUGAUGGAAAAUGUGGUAAUUCCCCUUUGGGAUAUUCUUUGGAUCCACCCCUGGAGUAAACAAAAUUCUAGUGAAUAUUUUCACAUUUUGUAGUAUGACUACUAACAAUUGUAAUACUUUCCAUCUUGUUUGUCUCUGUUAGUACUAAGCAAUAUGGCUUGUUGCAGUGUUUAUUUAUUUACACUGUGUACUUAAAUUAUGUGCAUGUAGAAUUCUCCUAAUAUGAAUUUUAAUGUCCAUAUAUCACAUAUUAUUCUAUAAAGAACAAUGUCUUCUACAUGUGCACAGAUCUCGGUGUAAACCCAGGUACAUAAAUGCUGAAGAAAAAUAUGUAUAUGUACAAACAUUUUUUAUGUCCGCUGGGCAGUCAUUGUUUUAUAAUGUUGGAAGAAAGACCCAAAAAGCAUGGUGAAAUUGAAGUAUGCUGUAAGUUGUAUCUGUGAUAAUAUCGGGCAUUUUAAUAUCGGGCUGAAUUAUCGCCCUGUUAAAAAAUUCUAUUCUUUGUCAGCUUGGAUCAGCGAAGUACCAUAUACCACUCAUAUAUGAUAACAAUAGUGGCCUAUUUUUUAAAAGUUUUGUUGAACUUUUAGAAGAGAAAAUGUCCAUAUCGUUUUGGGAUUGAGUUUAGAUAUACAGCACAUGACUGCUGAACAAGCUGAUAUUUGAGAUUGGCAGCAAGUUUUAAAUGAACAUUAUCUGACUACUGCAUCUUGUAAUUCAUGUUAGAAUUUUUCUAUACUUGUAUCCAGAUUUUGGGUGUUUGAAUGUUGAUUACGAUAUUCAUUAAACCAUCAACUGACAA